AGAUACAAUUAAGUUGACUCGAAUAAUUACGAAUAUUGGAAGUCAUUUAAAAAAUAUAGACAUCAAAUUAACACAAACAUGAGAAAUCAGAACUGUAGAUUAUUCAUCCAACAAUUAAACUUAAAAGGGGAAAAAACAGAGGGAGAAAAGCAGAGCAUUCUUCUCCAAGGAGACAAGAGAUUGUCUCUUGAGCUAAAAAGACAGUGACAGUUGUGGCUUUCUGGAUUCUCCAAACCCUAAACCUAAGCUUACUCUGUAAUAUAUAUUGUUUAAAUUGCCAAAAAGAACACAAUUAUACCUUUUUUUAUUUAAUUUCAACCUUCCAAACACAACAAAAAAACAACAUUACCACCACAUACAAAACAACAAAAAUCUCUCUCUCUCUCUCUCACAGUGUUUUUGGUCACUUUUUACCAAGUUUGACUCAUCUUUCUAGAGAGAAGUAAACAGUUUCGACCCAUUAAUUAAUGCUGAGAUAUUGGAAAGAAAUAAAGUAAACCAGAAAAGUUACUGAUAUGUAAUGUAAAAACCAGUUUAAACAAGUUCUGAACUUUUACCUAUUUCAAACUGUUUAACAUUAACACGCCAAUUAAUGGAGUACAAAGUUUUGCAGAACAGUCCCUUCUCUCUUUCUCGAGCCCCUACCUUCUUCCCUUGCCUAUGUUUUUUCUUCCUCUCUCUCUCUCUCUCCCCUUUGUUCUUCGUUUCUUAGCCCAAAAACACAAGGGUUUUCUUGCAAAUCCUUCACGUUUCUAAAAAAACUACUAAAGAAGAGUUUUUUUUUUUUCUUUUGUUCUGUUUUUCUUUUGGUAGAAGAAGGAACAGAGGUUUUUAAUUGGAGAGGAUAUUGCCUCUUUGAAAAGUUCUUUUUUUGAAGCAAUCCCACCAUUUUACUUGCAAGAAGAUGAAAUGGGUCGGUGUUAUUUUUCUCAAAAGGCCGCAUUUUUACACUUUAUUUUUCUGAACCCAGGUGAACAACAAACAAACAAACAAACAUCUUCUUCUUUUAACAGCAAAAACUCACCUUCCUUUUUAUCACUAAAGAAUAAUACAAGAAGGGGGGGAUAAAAAAUAAACCAUCUUUUUCAAUUUCAGCCAUUUGAUUAAAGGAAGAAGAAGAAGAAGCUGCUUCUGCUGCUGCUUUAUAGCUUUGGCCAACAAAGAAAUGGGUUGUGUUGCCUCAAAGUUAGAGGAAGAAGAAGAAGUAGUUUCCAUUUGUAGAGAAAGAAAACGCCAUUUAAAGUUAGCUGUUGAGAGAAGGUAUGCUCUUGCAGAAGCACAUUGUAAAUAUUGUCAAGCUUUAUAUGCUGUUUCAGCUGCCAUUAAACUCUUUGUAGCUCGCCAUUCUUCUCCUUCUCCUUUCCUCAUUACAUUCCCUCCUCCAUGUUCUCCUUCUCCUCCUUCAGAAAAAGUUAUAACCAAUCCAAUGUUUCUUCAGCAAAUGCCUUCUGAUUCCACUCAUGAAACCAUAGCCACCUGCCCUUCAUGUGUUUCUUCUUCUUCAACCUCUACAGAAUCCUCCAUUGAAGAAAGAGAAGAAGAAUCAGUAGAAGAGGAGAGGAUUGAACAAGUCCCUCCAUAUCUCUACAUGCAAAUGCCACCCCCAAUGCCAUCCCCUCAAAGGGAAUUUGGAUGGGAUUUCUUCAAUCCAUUUGACACAAUGAGGACCGAUGUCGUCGGCGAAUAUCGCGAGGAGGAGCUCAGGAUGGUGAGGGAGGAAGAAGGCAUUCCAGAGCUGGAAGAGGCCGAGGUAGAGAAAGAAGAGCAAAACCAAAGAGUUGUGGCUGUUGUUGAGGAGGAAGAUGUUGGAGCUUUUAAAGAGCAGAGGAAUGGAGUUGAAAUGGUUAAAGUUGGAGAGAAGGAAGAUGAAGGUCAAAUGAAGCAGAAAGGGCUAAAUGUCAUUGAUACACCAGUUGAAGGAAGGGAACUUUUGGAAGCAUUGCAAGAUGUUGAGGAUUAUUUCAUUAGGGCUUAUGAUUCUGGAAUUGAUGUUUCUAGGAUGUUGGAGGCUAACAAAAUUCAGCUUCAAUCUGGUUUAGAAGAAAUAAAAGAGAACUCGACAAAACUCAUCCAAGCAAUAACUUGGCACCGGUCUGCUUCGGGCAAGCCUUCGUCAUGUAAGAGUCUAGUAGCAUCGAGUUCGAAAGGUUCUUCGGCAUGGACAGAGUUUAAGAAUGAGCUGUUCGAUGAUUAUGACGUAAUGGAUUCAGGAAGCCAUUCAUCAACUCUUGGACGAUUAUAUGCUUGGGAGAAGAAACUCUAUGAAGAAGUCAAGGCUGGGGACAGCAUGCGCAAACUGUACGAGAAAAGGUGUUCACGACUAAGAAACCAGGACAUUAAAGGGGAGAAUGGAGUUACUACCGAUAAAACUCGAGUUGCAGUAAAGGAUUUAUAUGCCAGGAUCUUGGUUGCCAUUCGGAGUGCUGAAUCGAUCUCAACAAGAAUUGAGAAACUAAGAGAUGACGAACUACAACCUCAGAUCGUUGAGCUCUUAAAAGGCUUAACAAGAACAUGGAAAAUCAUGUUGGAAGUUCAUGAAACCCAGAAAAAGAUUAUCCUUGAAGUGAAGACUUAUUCCUGCCAUUCCUAUCUGAAGUUCUGUAACGAAUCUCAUCGUCUUGCUACUCUUCAGCUUGGGGCUGAGCUUCAGAAUUGGCGUUCGUGUUUUUCAAAAUAUGUUGAAUCACAAAAGGCUUAUGUUGAAGCUCUCCAUGGAUGGCUGACCAAGUUUGUAGUGCCUGAGGUUGAGUUCUAUUCUCGGGGUCGAACAUCGACCAUCCCUUAUGGGCUGCAUGGACCUCCAUUGCUUUCAAUCUGCCAUGAUUGGCUAUCUUCCAUGGAAAAGUUACCUGAUAAACCAGUAGCCUUUGCAUUGAAAAGCUUUGCAAAGGAUAUGAAAGCUCUAUCAGAUAAACAGAUGGAGGAGCAGCACCAAAAGAGAAGAGUUGAAAGUCUCGGAAAGGAACUCGACCGAAGGAUCCUGUCAUUCCAGAAAACAGAGAACAAGUUCUUCGAGUUCAACUUUACCGAGACAAAGUCAGAGUUGGAAGUCGAAAAUCAGAAUGAGUACUUAACAGAAAAGAAAGAUCAGCUAGACAUGUUUAGGAAGAAGCUUGAAUUGGAGAAGGAAAAACACAAUAACUGCAUUCAAGAAGCACAAAGGAUUACAUUAAAUGGAAUCCAAUCAGGGUUUUCAGCUGUUUUCGAAUCCUUAUCAGAAUUCUCCAAGGCUUCCCAAAAGAUGUACGACCACCUCGUGAAUUUCAGUGAGAACACUGAUAAAUCUGAAAAUAUAAACUAUAUCGAGGGCUCCUCCCAACCUGAAGAAAAUGUUAGCAGAUAAUGAAGGAUUAAACCAGAACGUGGUCGGUUUUCUUGGAGUUCUGUAAAUUAUAUUUUGUCGAAGCAGCUCGCUGAGACAUUGGUUUGUGAUUUGUAUUUUUAUUCUAGCAUCUCCUAGAAAAUUGUUGAGAUUUUUCUUACAGGCUUUUCAUGCCCACAAUUUUGUUUGCAGAUGGUCAAUUUAUUGCCUUUUUUCUCUACAUUAUUGGCAAGAAGCCCAAUAAAUGUAGAUUUGGAUUUUAAGUGGGCAAUUAUUGUAAGUAGCUUCAAUGUAUCAGAAAAACAAAGAAGCUUGAGACCUAAAUUUAAUGGUCGACAGCUCCAUUUUAACCUUCUCAGUUUCCAACAAAUCCCUCUGGACAAAUGUAGAAAGCACACUCACAGCAGUGUGUUGUCGUUCAAUCUGGUGAUGUUUGCUUGCAGUUCUGAAACUCGAUGCACCAUCAAUGGCAGUUGCAAAGCUUUGUCUUCAUAUAUGCGUUUUGAUUCCAUUAUUGUGGUGUGGGGCACGUGAAAACAGUCUGAAACUAGCAAAAAAAAACAAAAGAUAUUCACGUGGUUGUUAAAGCUUAAAAUUUCUCUUUCAUUAUAAUCCCCUCUCUGUAAUGCCCUGCAAGCUGAGAGAAAUGAACUAUCUCGAGAAGCCGUCCUGCAUUACAUAAAGAGCUGAAGGAUCUCAAUAAGCCAUUAGCCAAUGGUCGCCACCUGACACUUGUCUUUCAACGGACUAUAUGAAGGCAUUUGGGGAGUGGACCAUUCUUACCAACUAGCUUUUAUGAGAAAAUGCAACAAAAUAUCUACUCUAAAACAGUCCAAACCAAUAUCCCAUGUGAUUGCAAUGGAAGAACAGCCGGAAUAGCAUGAACGAAUUGCACGAUCUUCGGUCAUACUUCAUUUUUUAGUUCCUGUUU